CAAAAAUCCCCAUAACUUGAGGCCAUUAUACAAAAUCUAAUAAAGCAAGGCCAAUACAACGAUGUUAAAUUAAAAAUCAAUAGCAAUAAGGCCAACAAGAAAACAUUAAAAGACCCGACCAAAAUCCAAUAUUUGGGCGAAAUAUCCUCUGAAAAAGAAGGAAAGGAAGGACUCAAAAGUUUGAACAAGAAGUUGGCCAAGCUUAUAGAUGGUUUACAAGAUACUGUUAUGAAUGAGAAUACAGUUGACCCAACAUGUUCAUGCGGUAACGUAGGUAAGAGUUUGCCUGGAGUCAUCAAAUGCGAGUGUGACUCAAGCGACAACGAGGAGGCAGCUCGAGAUGGAAAAGAAAAUAUACAAGAAGAAUUUGUAGAUGAAGAUAGUAUAAAAGAUAAGGAGCGCAAAAAACAUCAGGAUAGUAGAAAGAUUAGAGCCGUCAGAAAUAAGCUAGAUGAUUAUAUACAAAUGGCAAGAUUCAGCAACGAUGACAGAGAUUCUUAUUGGACUGAUGACGACCGGUGUGGAUGCCAAAUUCAAAGAAGUGCAGACGAUGAUGAUAAUUUAACACUUAGGUGCGGAUGCAAUGGACCAAAAUAUUUCGAAAGAGUUGGAGAGGAUGAUAGAGAUGAUGGCUAUUGGUCAGAUGAUAGUUAUUGCGGAUGCAAAUUAUUGAGAAAUACAGAUGAUGAUAGAGAUAUAACCCAUAAUUUAAGAUGUAGAUGCAAUUCACCCGCAAGAGUAGUUAAAGAUGAUACAAGGGAAGUUGGUUGGACAGAUGACUACAGGUGUGGAUGCAAACAGCUAAGAAAUAAAGAUGAUGAUGACGAUAUAACACAUAACUUGAGAUGUAGAUGCAAUUCACCCGCUAGGGCUGGUAAAAAUGAUGACAGGGACGACGGGUACUGGUCUGAUGAUAGUUACUGUGGAUGCUCUUUGUUAAGGAAUACGGAUAAUGAUGACGACAUGACACACAACCUAAGAUGUAGAUGUAAUUCGCCUGCAAGAAUAGGCGAUGAUGACAGAGACGUCGGCUAUUGGUCGGAUGACAGUUAUUGUGAAUGUAACUUAUUGAGAAACCAUGGUAACGGUGUAAAGGACUUAAGGUGUCGGUGCAAUUCACCUUCCAGGUCCGGUCGUGAUAUCUUUUCAGCCCCAAGAUUAAAACAAAGAACUGAGCUAUUUAGUUCUAUACUCUCCGAUUUAAGCGACGAAGACAAUGACCAAAGCAUAAACUCCAAAACUAGUUCCGAUGAACACAGUCUAAGUACGCUCAUGAGUUUCAUCUUAGACAAAGACGACGAUGUUGAUCUGUCUCAACUACCUAAGGUACAACGACAAGUAAUAAUUAAACUCAAAAAUAUAAUACCAUCUCUUAGAAAUAUUGAUAUAAGUGAAUUAAAAGAUAACAUCGAGUCGAUGUUAUAUAAAAAUGAACUUUCGCUUCGGGAAUUUAGACAGAAAUCUGACUCAGAAAAUGAUUUAACAGCCAAACAAAUACAAAGUUUACUGAAGGUUAUUGAACAGCAAAGAGCACCAGCAAAGAAAUCAGAAAGGCUACUGGAGCUUAUUGGAGCGGGAAAAACACCAGCAAAAUAUAAUAGCAAGUUAUAUCGUAGAAACAUGCCGGAUGACUCAAUUGGAGUCCCUUUUACUUAUGAAUUGCACGGAUUAGCACAGAUUAACGCCUAAAGUUAAGAAAAUAAAGGAAAGUAUAAUUUGAUUCUUUCUUGUUUGACUGACGACAU